CGAGACACGAUCAAGCAACCAGUCCGCCAAACCACUCGUGAGACUCCAACAAUAAUUAUAUCAGCAAAAGCCGAAAGUAUUGAGAAUUUGAGAUUGAGAUUGACCCCAAGACACAAAAUGAUCAAUUCUGUACUCGGAAUUUUUAAUAGCAACAGUGCUCGGAUAUCAUCAGAGCUGUCGAGGAAAUGUCCACGAUGUUUUCGCUUCAUCUCCUCCUCCUCCAACAGUAACAGCAGCAGUACUAUAAGCUCCCCGAUCAAGAAGAAGGAAUUUCCACCCAACAACACCCUCAUCAUGGACAAAGUCAGCAACCGCAAUCCUAGAAACUUAGAGAAGCUGAGGAUUGCUGAAAAGAUUUCGGGAUGGGAUUUGGAAAAGGAGGGGCGCAGUUAUUGGAACAAAUUGACCAUUGAGUUGACUGGCAGGCACAUCACAGCCAAGGUGGUCCAUGUAUUAGGUCAGAUUCCUGUCUCUGCAUCAACAAAUGAGUGGUGCAUUAAAAAGUUUUUGUACAAUACUAGAGAUUCGGUCUCUGCAAAAACUAUUGGUCAAGUUUUAGCACAUCGAUGUCUCCAAGUUGGAAUUACGGAACUUUCAUGCUACCUAUCUGAAGAGGACAGGAAAAAAGAAAAGAUUUCUCUAAUCAUUGGAGCACUUGAAGAUGGUGGUGUGACCCUGGAAGAACCUGGUCAAAUAGAAAUCCCUUGGUCUCUAAAUUAUCCCACAAUGCCAGAAAAAUCAUGGGAAGUGCAUGAAGAUAUUAGUGAUCAAUUAGACGAGGCGGACAAACUUCUCCACUAUUUCAAAAAAGCUCCCCAUUCCAAGUGAAAGGUUUAAUCGUUAAAGUAAAAACAAACUGUUAUCAUCUUUUUGAUUUUAUAUUAAUAAUAAAAUAAAUUUACACGCACAGA